AUGCCGGUUAAAUCUGAUCUCCGCCCACUGCCUGCCCAAGAGGAGGCAGGCAAAACACUCAGCCCUCUGGAGCUGUUCCACCAGCGCGUGGAGAUCUCUGCUUGCUCCAUCACACAGAAGUUCCUGGGAGUUCAACCUUCAGCCACAUCACUAAGCUCCCAGCUCUGUGUGACCCUGCUGGACGCGCCGCGGGCCAUGGGCACCAGCUCCAGCCCGCCCAGCCCGGCCAGCGUGGUGGCGCCCGGGACGACGCCGUUCGAGGAGAGCCGCCUGCCGGUGUUCACCCUGGAUUACCCCCACGUGCAGAUCCCCUUCGAGAUCACCCUGUGGAUCCUGCUGGCCUCCCUGGCCAAGAUCGGCUUCCACCUCUACCACAAGCUGCCCACCAUAGUGCCGGAGAGCUGCCUUCUCAUCAUGGUUGGGCUCCUCCUGGGCGGAAUCAUCUUUGGCGUCGAUGAGAAGUCACCCCCGGCCAUGAAGACAGAUGUUUUCUUCCUGUACCUCCUGCCCCCGAUCGUGCUGGACGCGGGCUACUUCAUGCCCACCCGGCCGUUCUUCGAGAACAUUGGCACCAUCUUCUGGUACGCGGUGGUGGGGACGCUGUGGAAUUCCAUCGGCAUCGGGGUGUCUCUGUUCGGGAUCUGCCAGAUUGAAGCCUUCGGCCUGAGCGACAUCACUCUGCUCCAGAACCUGCUGUUCGGGAGCCUGAUCUCGGCGGUGGACCCGGUGGCCGUGCUCGCCGUGUUCGAGAACAUCCAUGUCAACGAGCAGCUCUACAUCCUGGUCUUCGGGGAGUCCCUGCUGAAUGACGCCGUGACGGUGAAAGCUGGGCAGAUUCCGGUGGUCGAAGCCCUGGGUAUUGGUGAAAACCCCCUGAGACACCAUCAUCUGUCUGAGUGCAGACCCCGUCUAUUCCGACUUGGACCGUUGUCCUGUUUAAAUAGAAGCCACAUCUCUUCCUGCAGAAUUACAGCCUGUGCGAUGACCAUGAACAAGUACGUGGAAGAGAACGUGUCCCAGAAAUCCUACACGACCAUCAAGUACUUCAUGAAGAUGCUCAGCAGCGUGAGCGAGACGCUCAUCUUCAUCUUCAUGGGCGUGUCCACCGUCGGCAAGAACCACGAGUGGAACUGGGCGUUCGUCUGCUUCACCCUGGCCUUCUGCCUGAUCUGGAGGGCGCUGGGUGUCUUUGUCCUGACGCAGGUCAUCAACUGGUUCCGGACGAUCCCCUUGACCUUCAAGGACCAGUUCAUCAUCGCCUACGGCGGCCUGCGUGGCGCCAUCUGCUUUGCACUGGUGUUUCUCCUGCCCGCUGCUGUGUUUCCCCGGAAAAAGCUGUUCAUCACGGCGGCCAUUGUGGUCAUCUUCUUCACUGUCUUCAUCCUGGGAAUAACUAUCCGGCCGCUGGUGGAGUUCCUUGAUGUUAAGAGGUCCAACAAGAAGCAGCAAGCUGUCAGUGAGGAAAUCCAUUGUCGGUUUUUUGAUCAUGUGAAGACGGGGAUUGAAGACGUCUGUGGACACUGGGGUCACAACUUUUGGAGAGACAAAUUUAAGAAGUUUGAUGACAAAUACCUGCGGAAGCUUUUGAUUCGGGAAAACCAACCCAAGUCAAGCAUCGUGUCCUUAUAUAAAAAGCUUGAAAUAAAACACGCCAUUGAGAUGGCGGAGACCGGGAUGAUGAGUGCUGUCCCUUCUUUUGCGUCUCUAAAUGACUGUCGGGAAGAAAAGAUAAGGAAGCUCACACCUGGUGAAAUGGAUGAAAUUCGGGAACUGUUAUCGAGAAAUCUCUACCAAAUCCGUCAGCGAACUCUGUCGUACAACAGACACAAUCUGACGGCCGACACCAGUGAGCGGCAGGCCAAGGAGAUUCUGAUCCGCCGGAGGCACAGCCUGCGGGAAAGCAUUCGGAAGGACAGUAGCCUGAAUCGGGAGCACCGGGCUUCCACUUCAGCUUCUCGAUACUUAUCCUUACCCAAAAAUACAAAGCUUCCAGAAAAGCUACAAAAGAAAAAGAAUAUUUCUAAUGCAGGUGACGACAGCAGCGACUCAGACCCAGAUGUCGGGACCACCGUCCUCAACUUGCAGCCCCGAGCGAGGCGCUUCUUGCCAGAACAGUUCUCGAAGAGAAGCUCCCAGGCCUAUAAGAUGGAAUGGAAGAACGAGGUAGACGUGGAUUCCGACCAGGGGCGGCCCCGCACCCCGCCGGCUGCCCACGGCAAAGAGGGGGGCGCCCAGGCCCCGGGGGUGCUGUGCCAGCCCCUCCUCUCCAAAGGCCAGUUUGGCUCCGUGCGCGGAGACGGGGCGACUCAAGCCCUCCGACCCAAGGCGCCACCCAGGCUGGUGCGAAGGGCAUCGGAACCUGGACACCGGAAGGGCCGGCUGGGCAGCGAGAAGCCUUGAUGGAAAAGGCCAAAGCAGACCUGGGGUGACCCCCGCCCGGCAGCGGGGAGUCCACUUGCAACCCUCUCUGCAUCUAAAUACUGUCUUUGGUAGCAGAAUCAGGCCAGGAUUCACGGGGCCAGCGCUUACCCCGGGAAGAAGAGAAUCGAAUUAAAAAAGUCCCAUGAAGUGGCUUUUAGGACUUGUUGCUAGCAGUUGUAGUCUUUGUAAGCCUAAAGAAAAAGAAAGGAAAAGAAAAGAAAAAAACACGCGUGCCUUUAUUGAACUUGAAGGACAGAACUUGAAAUUUUUAACACACCUUUGUUGGUGAAAAGUUUUAAUAUAUGCAUAUAUGCCUCAGAUUUUAUUUAUGAAAAACUAUGUGUAUCUGUCAUUCGUGUAAGCACUUGGCACUAAAAGUACUUAGAACACCUGUCCAAGGCGUCAGGGGCUGCUCCUGGGGAUGGAGGGGGAGGGGCAGCUGGGCGUGGAGGGGCGACCUUGUCCAGCGGGUUGGGGGGAAGCAGCACAGAGACCCCCAAGGACUCCAGCCGUCGGAACAUCCAGGCAGACGAGGUGGCCUGGCUCCCCGAGUUAUGAGUGUGGCUGGUUUUCCAUUUGUUCCUCCUCCUACAGCGGACUUGCGGGUGACACAGAUUCCAUCUCCCCUUCGUGUUUACACGGUACAGGGAGAGAGACCGCCAGGGGGAAACCAGUGAGACUCAGUGCCAGCUCGUGACAAAGUGCCAUCCAUGUGGGCCCCAUGGGGUGUGUGAAGAAGGGGACAGGGCGGCACUGGCUUGUGGCAGGCGGGGGUUUGAUACUGUGCAAUCCUGGGAGGCCGAGGCAGGGGAGUCCCUGUCAUGCCCACCUACGACCACCUGCUCCAGAACUUUUAGAGCAUUCUAGAGCUUCCAAUCCAGGUCAGAGGCUCCAAGUAGACAAGGAUGGAUCUUUAUAUAAAGAGGAUUCCAAAUAUUUAACAGAUGGGUGAGAAUUCCGGUUUUGGAUUUUAUUCAGGAAGCACUUUGGAGAAUGUGGGAGUUCUAGGGGUUUUUUUUUUUGCACUAGUCUGUAAUUUGUUACCUCUCCCCCUUCAACAAAGUAGUAGCUCAAAUUCUUCAUAUAAAAUUGGGUUCUGCUCCUCUGCGUACUUUUUAAAAGUACAGAA